AUGUCAAAAGAUCAACCUAGUUCUCCUGUAUCAAAGGUUACUGGUAUGCCUAGUAUUUUAUUCAAUGGGAAUAAAUUAAAAAGAGGUGGUUCCAAGAAUAGUAAGAAAGAGAAAGAUCAUGAUAUUUCAAGUACUUCUGUUACUCAAAGCACACAAGAUAUAUCUAGGGACUCGAUCGAUCUACAUGAAGAGGACAACGGGAUUGAGUUUUCUGCAGAUAUUGAACCGUUGAAGUUUAAAAUGAAGAGAACACCUGAACCUGACAAGAAAUUAAAGGAUUCACCUAGGGAAUAUCUUGAUUCAUUGGAACAAAUAAGGCAACAGAUAGAAAAUGUCACAAAUAAUGGUUCUGAUAGCAAUAUAAUUACUACAAAUAUUUCAAAUGGUAUUCCGUGGAGUUUUGGUGAUAUAGAUAAAGAACAAUUUGAAGAAUAUCUAGAAAAACCUAAUUAUAUUAGAUGUUUACCAAGAAAAAUAGAUUUCAAUGUGUUUAAUAGAUUAUUUUUAGCUCAAGAGUUAAAGGAUACUUCUGAUGAACCUGAGCUGACAUAUGACCCAACAGUGAAUAACAAUGCAUUGAAGAAAACAAGAAGUAGAGGGAAAGGAUCAAUAUCUUCUAAUGUCUCGAAUUCGGAUAGUUUAAAGAGAUCAAUUUGGAAGACACAAUUUAGUUUAGAUGGAAAAUAUAUGGCAGUAGGGAGUAAAGAUGGGACGGUUAAAAUUUUGAAAGUUAUUAGUUCCCCUGUUGAAAGAUGGGAAAUGGAUAAUAUGGAUGAAUCCAUGAGAAUAUCAAGAGCAAAGAAAAUGUUAAGAAUGAAACAAAUUGCUGCUUCUUCAACUUUUAACACAUUAAAUAGUGGGAAAGUGGGAAAACAUAUUGCUGAUUUAGAAAAUAAUACAAUGGAAAGUAAUAGUAACAAUAAUGAUUCUACUAAUCUGUAUGCACCUGUCUUUCAUCAAACACCUUAUAAGAUAUUUAAAGAACAUGUUUUUGAUGUCCUGGACCUGGAUUGGUCCAAAAAUAAUUUUCUAUUGACAGCAUCUAUGGAUAAGACUGUUAAACUAUGGCAUUUGGAAAGGAAAGAGUCAUUAAGAACAUUCCAUCAUGCAGAUUUUGUCACAGGUGCAAAAUUUCAUCCCACAGAUGAUAGGUUUUUCGUAACCGGUUGUCUUGAUCAUAAAUGUAGACUUUGGUCAAUUAUCGAUAACGAAGUAAGUUAUGAAUAUGAUUGUCAUGAUCUUAUUACUUCAAUCGAAAUUUCCAAAUUUGAUGGGAAAUACACAAUUAUUGGUACUUUUAAUGGGUUUAUUCACAUUUUGUUGACAAAGGGGUUGAAAUCUGUAUUGAGUUUUCAUGUGUCUGAUAAAGAGAUAAAAUGGAAAGAUACGGAGUUUCUUUCAAUUUCUAAGCAUACUAGUGGGCCACGUAUUACAGGGAUUCAAAUAAUAAGUGCAAUAAAUGAACCAUUGAGGCUCUUGAUAACAAGUAAUGAUUCUAGGAUUCGUAUAUUCGAUAUCGAAAAGCGAAAACUUGUGGAAUUUUUGAAAGGUUUCCAAAGUGGGUCAUCGCAACAUCAAGCUUUUUAUCUCGAUAAAAAUGGAGAGUCAACAGUUUUAUGUAGUAGUGACGAUCAUUGGUUGUAUGGUUGGAAACUAAGAACCAAUGACGCGAACGACAUGGAUAAAGAACGAUCCCAGUCGAUGUCGACAAUUGACACAAGUCACGACUCACAUCUAGAUAUUUCGCCCGUAUCAUCAAUGGGGUCAAUGGAUGUAGGUGACGAUUUAUUAGAAAAUGGUGAUGAUGAUGGUGAUGAUAAAGUGGAGUCAUCAUUAUCUUCACAGAAUAAAAAAAGAGUUCGGAGACGUUCCAAAAUAUUUGAUUCAUUGAGAAAUCUGGCACAAUCACAUCAUCGUCGACACCAUACUGUGGUAAAGAACGCGAGAUAUAGCUGUUUCCACGCUCAUCAUGCACCAGUGACGACAUCUCUUAUUGCUCCCAUUGAGACCUCGAAGGUAUUGUCACUUUCUAAUGAUUUUAUCUGUGAAUUAACAUUGAAUACGAUUCGUGAUAAUAAAUUAGCUGCAAGUGGACAAUCUAUUAUGUCUUCUCAAGGAACCACGGCAGAAGUAGUGAAAGCCAUUGGAACAAUAUUGAUUACAACUGAUAAUCAAGGGACAAUAAGAGUAUUUAGAACAGAUAUCUCAACAAAGAUAAGAAAUAAAGUUCUGAAUGAUCUAAAACAAUAUGACGAAGAAGUUCAUGGUAAAAGUGAUAAACAAGAAGGUCCUAAAUCAAUGAAUUGCUUCAGUAAUGUAAACAGAUCAGAGUCUUCAACAACCAUGAAAAGACAAUCCAAUAGCAAGACGAAGCUAACAGGAGUGUCUGGAUCAGAUGAAACAACUCCAAGAUCUAGCUCAGAUUUAGUACCCACAGGGGAAUAUGAUUUAUUACAGGCGCCAAACGGGCAAAUAAUUAAUAUUGCUCAACCCACCACUAGUCCUAAUACAGUUUACAAGAGUUCGAGAAACAAUAUAUCCGCUACGAGUAUAGGGAGACUGAUGGGUAAUUCCUCAUCGAGGAGACAUGCAAAGAGCACAAGUUCAUCAAACUCAAAUAACAAUGGUAAAGAAAGUGCCCCAGGGAGAAACAUAGUAGCAAACUUGUCAGCAUUAUCGUUACGAUGUAAUGUCUGUAAUAGUACAAAUUUUACGCAAUAUUCAAGUAAUACGGGGUUACAAAGAGAAAACAAUUAUUCAUGCGUCGAUUGUGGUACUACCCUUAACAACUUUAGAUAA